AUGUUUGUAUCAAUCAAUGUUUUUAUCAUAAGUUUGUCGCUUAUAUUCGGUGUUAUCCAAAGCGAAAAGUUUUUAAUGGGUUAUAUAACUGGAAGUCAAAGACAAGUCGGCGAUGAGAAAUACUCGCGACCCGGCCUUCAAAUAUCGGGAGCCAUCAGUUUGGCCGUCGCCGAGAUCAAUGAAUAUCAGCCACUGGUCAACAAUCAUACUCUCGACUUUAUUAUUGCCGAAACCUAUGGCAAUGAAUCGGAAAGCAUUAGACAAACGGCACAACUUUGGGCUGAGGGAAGGAUAUCCUGUUAUAUCGGACCACAAGAAACCUGUGUUUUUGAGGCACGAAUGGCCCACUCAUUCAAUAUGCCUAUGAUUUCAUAUUUCUGUGCACAUCCCGAGACAUCAAACAAACGUUUAUUCUCGACCUUUGCCCGAACCCGACCGCCAGACACACAGAUAUCCAAAUCUGUGACUUCAGUUUUACUCAAAUUUCAAUGGCAUAAAGUAGUGCUCUUGUACUCAAAGAGCUCCGACCGCGACUUUACAGCAAUUGCACGUACCAUACAAAACACAUUACGAUUACAUAAUAUUGAUGUAACGCGUGUCAGCACAUGGACUGAUACUUAUCAUUACGGAUAUACUGAAAAUCCAUUUGAAAAAAUUGUUAAACAAACUUUUGAUAUAACAAGAAUUUAUGUCAUAAUUGGUUUUUAUUUUGAACACAUGGGUCUAAUGCUAAGUCUUGAACAACAAGGUCUGCUAAAAGAUGGCCAAUAUUUUGUGGUUGGCGUUGAUGUAGAACAGUAUGAUAGACAUUAUCCGGACAGGUAUUUCAAAGGAUUAUUAAACGAUGAUUUCGAGAUUAUAGAGUUAGCAGAAAAGUCAUUUCAGUCAUAUAUAGGUGUAGUGCCGUCUCCUGCCAUUGAAUUUGAAAAGUUUUCAAUUAAAGUGAACCGGUAUAUGCAAAUGGCACCCUUUCAUUUUCCAAACCCUACGUGGGAAUGGGGUGGACUAAAACGGGUGCCGGCGGAAGGAGCUUACCUUUACGAUGCUGUAUAUGUAUACGCCCGGGCACUCAAUGAUAGUCUUAAGAUUAAUGAAAAUCCUUACGACGGAAAAACUAUAAUUAAUUAUAUUAGAAAUAGAGAGUAUCAAAGUGCUAUGGGUUAUUUGGUUCAAAUCAAUGAUUUUGGAGACGCAGAGGGAAAUUACACAUUAAUUGCUAGAAAAUGGUCUAAAAGUAAAUCAUCAAAAUUAGGCAUUUAUCCGGUCGGACUGUUUUUGAUGCCUAAUAAAUCAUCUGCUUUACCGGUAUUGGAGUUAACGGAUUCAAUUGAAUGGCUCAAUGGAGAGCCACCGUUAGCUGAACCUGUUUGUGGAUUUGAUGGUCAAAGUUGUCCCAAAAGUCUAUGGCAGUGGGCAUUCAUACCAUUAAUUGGAUUUCUAUUGGUUUUGGUUUUAUUAUUCGUGAUGUAUAAGAAUUGGAUGUAUGAACAGGAAUUGGAUAGACUUUUAUGGAAAAUAGAUUAUAGAGAUAUCAUAUUCAAUGAUACAACUAUUGUCUCAUCCAAGUCUAAAACUUCAUUAUCAUCUGAUACACUGUCACUAAUGGAUAAUACAAACAAGUCGUUUCAGAUCUUUGCUCGAACUGGGAUUUAUAAAGGGAUUGUUGUGGCCGUUAAACCCAUCGAUAAAUUAAGGGUUGAUAUCAACCGUUCCCUACUUAUUGAACUAAAACACAUGAAAGAUCUGCAGCACAACCACGUCGUGCGCUUUCUGGGGGCGUGUCUCGACCCACCCAACUGUUGUAUUGUUACUGAAUAUUGUCCCAAAGGCUCAUUACAAGACAUCUUAGAGAAUGAUGAGAUCAAACUCGAUUGGAUGUUCAGAUACUCAUUAAUGCACGACAUCAUCAAAGGGAUGGCAUACUUGCAUAACAGUGAAAUGCAUGUCCACGGAAACCUCAAGUCAUCUAAUUGUGUGGUCGACUCAAGAUUUGUACUCAAGAUUACCGAUUUUGGUUUACAAUCAUUGCGAAAGUGUGACACCGAUCACGAGUCUUAUGCCUUUUGGAGAAAAAAGUUAUGGACACCACCUGAACUGCUUAUUUCUAAACAAGUUUAUCCCAAACCAACACAAAAAGGUGAUAUCUAUAGUUUUGCAAUUAUAGCUCACGAGAUAGUCCUACGACAGGGACCCUUUUAUUGUGGCCAACACUGUGAGCUCAGCCCUAGAGAAAUAGUCGAUCGGGUUUGUAGUGAAGGUUUUCGACCACUACUUGAAGACACGAUGGCUGACGAAGAAGUACUGUCAAUGAUUAGAAAGUGUUGGUCUGAAGAUAUCAAUGAAAGGCCAGACUUUAUAUGUUUGCAAUCAAUUAUGAGAAAAGUUAAUAAGGCAAAUGAGAGCAGCAAUAUAUUGGAUAAUCUAUUGUCACGAAUGGAACAGUACGCCAAUAAUCUGGAAUCAUUAGUACAGGAAAGGACUGCCGAUUAUUUAGAAGAGAAGCGUAAAGCCGAAGACUUACUCUACCAAUUGCUGCCAAAACCCGUCGCGAGUCAACUAAUUAGAGGAGAAGCAGUGAGAGCUGAAGCCUAUGAUAGUGUUACCAUAUAUUUCAGUGAUAUCGUAGGCUUUACCACAUUGUCGGCUCAAAGCACACCAAUGCAGGUCGUCGAUUUAUUGAACGACUUGUAUACUACAUUUGACUCAACCAUUGAAAGCUUUGAUGUCUAUAAAGUUGAGACCAUUGGCGAUGCAUAUAUGGUAGUAUCGGGACUUCCCGUACGCAAUGGUCUCAGACACGCCCGAGAAAUUGCAAGAAUGGCGCUCUCACUACUCAAUAGUGUCAUCUCAUUUAAGAUCAGACAUCGACCCGAUCUAAAACUUAAGCUACGAAUUGGUCUGCAUUCUGGUUCGUGUGUGGCCGGAGUGGUCGGUCUAAAAAUGCCCAGAUAUUGCCUUUUCGGCGAUACUGUAAACACAGCCUCAAGGAUGGAGUCAAAUGGAUUGCCUCUUAAGAUACAUAUAAGUCAAUCGACCAAAAACCUGUUGGACUCAUUCAACACAUUCAUUACAGUCUCUCGCGGAGAGAUUGCCAUCAAAGGCAAAGGAAAUAUGACAACCUAUUGGUUAAUAUCUGAAAAAAAUAUUGAUUCAUUUGCAAUCAUUUACAACGAUUACGAGGUUUGUCAACGAUUCCUACCUUAUGUCAGACCACAACAAGAGAUAUUCAAUGGUUCCGAUAUCACAAAAUCCGAUAUAUAA